GAGACAGCCGAUGUUCAAUUGCCUUUGUCGUCAAGCGGGUUUCUCAGUUUUACCUGGGUGCAGUUAGCGAGCAAAGACAUUGGGGCUGUGGCAGCGUCUUUGCCUCAAAGGAAGUCCCAACUUACUGCAGAGUUUCUUUUUUGCGGUGCGAUCGAGCUCAAAGAGAAGCUUGAUGAAGUUGAACCGGAGUCUCCACCGAAGUCUUCACUCCUGGGCCACAGCGCCUUCGGCGACGUGGUGAGGCGAGUGGACCUCCAGGGGAACCACUAUGCCUUUAAGAAGAUCUCGGGUGCAGUUGUGCAGCACCGAGGCAUGGAGCAUACAGUGCAAGCUGAGAUUAACUCACUGCAGGUUUGCCAGGGUUCCAGGUUUGUGGUGGACUUCUUUCACAGGACAUGCCCUGAGAUUUUGCCAGGCAUCCAACAAGGACACCAGGCACCCGGUGACUUCCGGGCAAUGCCAUCGGAGGGCUGGCAGCGGAUCCACCAGUGCUUUGAGCGGCCCGUCAGGCAACAACCGGCGAAGCCUGAAGGCUCGACUUGGAAGCAAAUCCCUAUCGAUGGAGUGCCAUUUAAGGUGCCUGCUCGUUUUGAGCUGAUCAAGAAGGUUGGGUCCGGUGCAAGUGGCACCGUGGUCAAGCUUCAGUCCGGUCAAGCCCAGGUGGCCGUUAAGAAGGUCACCGUCGGGCAUGACACCCAUCAUUCUUUGGUGGAUGGUAAGCGGCUCAUUCGCGAGGUGAAGCUCUUGCGGAGCUUGAAGCAUGAGAAUGUCAUCAACAUCCUGGACAUGUAUCUGCAACAAAAUCCUCACUGCGACGAGAUUUACUUGGUCAGUGACCUGAUGGAAACCGACCUGCAUCGGAUCAUAGUUUCUAAACAGGUCUUGUCUGAAGAGCACCAUCAGUACUUCUCGUACCAAAUUCUGAGAGGGCUGAAAUACUUACACAGUGCUAAUGUGGUGCAUCGCGACUUGAAGCCAGCAAACAUCCUGGCAAACAAAGACUGUCACCUCAAAAUUUGCGACUUUGGUUUGGCACGUGCCCUUGGUGAGCAGGAAGAGGACAAUGCCAACUUGACAGACUAUGUGGUGACCAGAUGGUACCGCGCGCCCGAGGUGACGUUACUUCCCAAAAGCUACACCAAGUCCAUCGACGUAUGGUCAGUUGGGUGCAUCCUUUGCGAGUUGAUUCGCCGACGACCUAUCUUCACUGGAGAAGGCCCUCUGGACCAGAUAGUGAAGAUCUUGCAAGUGUUAGGGCCCCCCAAAGAGGAUGACCUGACUUUGCUGUCUCAACGUGCAAGGACGUUUCUUGAGCAGGUGUUGCCUUAUCUACCUGCAACCAAGCUGGACUGGAAAUCCGUCUGCCCGAAGGCAACCGAGGCAGGCGCCGAGGCAAUUGAACGAAUGCUGACAUUCAACCCCAAAAGGAGGGCCACUGCCGGCGAAUGCUUGGAGUUAAAAUAUUUUCACGAUUUCCACCGGCCGGACGAUGAGCCAGUGGCGGAAGGGCCCAUAGACUGGACAUUUGAGAACUGUACCCUAACCAAAGAAAGUGUGCAGAAUGAGAUUUACGCAGAGUGUCGGAAAUUCUAUCCAGAGAUGGCGCAAGCCACGUUGUUUGAAUGCCCUUUGAAAGUAAAUCCCGCAUUUUUGCUGGCCCCCGCUGGAUCCCAAUGGUAUGACGCAGGGUGCCGAAGUUUUGCUCAACUUCAGGUUUAUGCCAUGCUCUCCAAGCCAGUUCACGUCAGCCAAUUCGUCGGAGAAUUGGAGCAUGCUGCGCGGUUUCUUUCUGACGUUGACGGCAGGGUGUUGGGUGAGAUUUUGGUGCGGGAAGAUUGGCAAAAAGAGGUUGCAGCAGAAGCGACACUCGUUGUCACCACCUUGAACUCGCGCCUAGUGACACCUGGUGACACCACACCUUUUGCACCGCCAGUCACCAGCGCGGAUCUCAGUGUCAAGUGUCAGGCUGCAUGUGGCAUCAAAGAUCAUGAAGCCAGCAUGAUGAUCGACGUCGAGACUUUGCGAUCGAGCUUCUAA